UCGGGAGUGUACUACAUAGUUUAAUCACACGAGAGUACUUUGGCGUAUUUUUUAAAUUAAUUUGGAGGUAUUCUAAACCUAUAAAAUGACUCAAAUUAAGCUCUAAUAAUAAGUACAGUCCACGGAUGGACUUUCUAUUCGAGGCGUUGGGUUUAAGGUUUUUUCAACCAAAAAAGUUUCGGUCUAGUGUAAAUUAAAUCUCACUUAGAAAAAGAAAAAAAAAUCUUACUUAGAAUCACAACAAAGGUACCCAAAUACACAAAAACAAAAUCAAUAGGAUGAGAGAAAUAUAUAUUAGUAGAAAAAAUUAACUAGACGUAGUCUCAGAAAUAAAAAUUAACUAGGCGUAGGGAUACGUAGUCAUACAUUUUAUUUGUUUGCCUUGCAUGUUCUGUGUCGAUGGAUCAUGGGAAUACGUGACUGAAACAAGAUGACCAUGAGCAUAUGGCCCAUAGUGUUUUCUUAGUUAAUAAUACUCUUUUGUAUAUUAUUUCUUAAAUUAUAUUGGCUAGUGUUUUAAUCGGCUGAAUGGUUUAUUUUGCAUAGUGAAUAUUGCCGUUCUUUGUUGGUGGUGUUGUUUGAUGGACAUUAGGGUCGGUGGAAUCACAUGAAACACCAUGUUACUCCUUCGCCCCUUUUAUUUACUUGGAUAACUUUUUGUCAUAAAUAUGUAUAGUGUGUGAAAUUGAUUCCUCUAAAAAAAACAUAAAUAAAUAGUUUAAAUCGUGAUUAAUAGGAUAAAAAUCCGAUAAAGAAUCGCCAACUAUAAAUAAAUAUAUAUAUUUAAGUUUCAGAAAUAUAUGAUUUUUAGUGUUAGAAUACCCAGAGCCCAUUUUGUUAACUAUAUAAAACGUAUUGAGUUUAAUUUUGUACUUAUGUUCAUAACCUGCGUGUAUUUUUUUACUAUUGACAAAUGGACGUAAAAGUAAUUAGAACGGUUUUUGUAUUAAAAACAAAAAUAGUACUGCAUUUGAAUAUUUAUUUCAGGGUCAUACAAAUGUUCAAAUGCAACAUCGUUUUAAAUUGUUAUAUUUUGGCUUUCAUUGUUUUCUAUUAACAGAGUUAACAACGUUCUUAGUUUUUAACAUUUUUUUGGUGUAAAAAAUAAAAAGUAUUUUCACUUUUUUUUAUCUGGAACCCAAAUAUUGUAAAUAAUUUCUUUUAACACGAAACAAAUUUGGAUGGCGGAAAUUACAGUCGCAACCUCUUUGUCACUAAAGCUGACUCGUUGGUUAAUUCAAUUAUAUGUGAAUAACAACAUUGAGAAUAUUUACCGCUGCAUCAAUCAAAAGACAAUCAAAGCAUUUACUGAAGUGGAUUGAAAUGAAUUAGGACAGCUAAUUCAGGACCCAUCCAUUGCAUACGCGUCAGUGUUUAUAUUUCCAGCUAAUGUUUGUACUUUGAAGGCGUACGUCAAAAUAUGUUGUUGUUUAUUCGUUUAUAUGAUGCGAUAUGGCAUUAAUAAAAUUUGAAAAACAAGCUGAAAAUUUGUGAAAGAUUAGGUGAUGAACUUUUUUAUCGAAUAUAUACAGAUGUAUGUUCACAUAGUUAUAUAUAUAUGCACCUGCGUUAAUAGUAACUUAGUAACAAUGAAAAAAACAUUGAUCGAUUUCCGCACACUGAAUUUCUGUUUUCUUCUUACUGGUUAUUGGUGGAUAACACAAUAAUAAAAAGUCGAUAAAAAGUCUCAUAUCUGUUGAUUCUUAUUUGAAAAGCUGUCGUAUAUCAAAUGUUCGCUCUAUAAUUUGGUGGGUCAAAUCACAUGCUCUCUAAUUAUUUCAUAUGAAAAGUCAUUAUCCGAAAGGGUAUAACGCCACAAAAAUGAAAUCGCAGAAACAUGGAUAUCCAUGAAUGGACUGUCACAAGAUCUUCCAAUAACAUUUAGCUUUUUGGUCAAACGUCAAGAGUCAGUGAGUUGAUGAUUAAUCCCUCGUGUUGUAUGUAGUAGCUGCCAAACACUAACAUACUCAAAUCCACCCAAUUAAUAAAGCUUCGAAGCACAAUAUUUUUUAUUCGACUUUAUGACAUUCCUUAUGACAAAUGCGGUCAAACGGUCACAAUGAUAUAACAACAAUAACAAUUGGACAUUUCGUUUUCUUUUAUAAUCUAACUAUUUUGUAUGAAAUUUAUUUAUAUAUGAUUGGAUAAAACGAGAGCUUGCAUGCACAUUUGUUAAGUUGGAGAUGCAUCUUGAUAAGUCACGUAUGUUCCAUGUGAAUUUUUGCUCGUUUGAAUUGUUAAAUUCAUAUGUUUAUUCAACUGAAUUUUUUUUGGAACCAUAUUAUUCAACUGAUUUUUUUUUUUUUUUGUAAAUUUCAAGAUAUUGGAAUGGAUGUUGAAGUGACAGAUAAAAUAAACACUAUUUCAUGUGAUUCUUUAACUUCAGUUGUAACACUUUUGACUAAUUCAUUUGUAACACUUCAUUGUAAUCUUAUUGAGUUUAGAAAAAACUCAAUUGUUCCUUAAAAGAAAAGAGAGAUUACCACUUGACGCGUACAAGUUCGAUACGGUGAUCUAUGUUUCAGCUGGAAAAAGUUUUUUUUUUUUUUGUAAGCUGGAAAAAGUUACUAGAUACAAUAUUAAAAACAUUUAUAUCUUAUUCAUAUGGAAUUAUUUUAAGUAUAUAUCAUCUACUUUAUUUAAUUUUUAGCAGAAUAACCACUUUUAAGAGAAAGCAUGACAUAUGAGGUGGUGCAUAUAUAUGGACAAUCUUUUUGCUGGUAAUGAGAAACAACUAGAAUUUUGGAUUUUGUUCUUUAGAUUUCUUCGUUAUUGCCUUUUACGGGUACGUUCAGUUCAUCUAUAUACAUACAGCCAUUAUCUACAGUGGUUGCAACAAAUGCAGAUGCUUUUGUUCCCAAAUAAUUUGGUGGAUCUUGUUUUCAUUUUCUUUUCUCUUUAGGAAAUAUAAUUUCGACAAGCAGCCAAAUUGUUCGUAUCGUCUCAUAUUCAUAGCUGGUUUACGAACGGUCUUAAACGUGAAACGAAUUAAAAUGAUCGAAUACUUUGUAUUGUGGAUAUAAUUAAAUCUUGUAUAGAGAAAUGGGAUACUCAUAAUCCUAUCUUAAAAAGUGAUUUAUUCUCUACCUCUUGCAUGUGGGCUGUGGCCUAUUUGAAAAUAUGUGACUAUGAUCGUUCGUCUACCUCACCGUACAAACCAAAAAAGACCUAAUUCGAAACAGUUUGCUUAAUAUGGUACGUCAAAUCACUCAGGUUUAGUAUCUAGCAAAGCAUUGUAUGAUUUUAGCAAAGCAUUAUAUAUCGAAUGUAACAUCUUUAUCAAAAGUAAUAAUGUCAUACAAGGUGCUUGUAAACAUGUUUCUCCUUUAUUAUUUUGGUUAUAUUAAUAUAAGAGAUGGUAGAUUGUUAUAAUUCAUCUUCGUGAAUGGUAGGGUCUUAUAAACAUGUUUCACAAAAAAAGAAAGAAAAAAGUUGUUUUUGAAAAGACAAGGCAGAAACAUGUGGACUUCAUACAUUACCUCCACCUGAUAUGUUUCCCAGACUAUCUACUCUCCAGUGACUCUUUUACUUUUAGUUCCCUAUAUAUACUUUAGACACUUAGAUAAACUUGCUUACAAACUAAACCUGAUCCAUUUCUAUAGAAGCACAAACAUUCAAAUAUUCAUCACUUUCAGAUUUUUCGUGUCAAUAUCCCUUUUUGGUUACUUGCAUUAAUCCUAUAAGAUGGGUAUUCAAUUGAUUGGACUAUCUAACGCCAAGCAAAAGCUUCAAAGAAGCUUAUCAGCAAAAAUCACGAGCUUUUUGGCAAUGUCAGGUACUAAUAAUGUCCCAAAGGGUCAUGUGGCUGUCUACGUGGGUGAGACUUAUCAAAGAAAGAAGAGAUUUGUGAUACCUAUAUCAUGUUUAAACCAUCCAUUGUUCCAAGAUUUGUUGAGCCUUGCGGAAGAAGAGUUUGGGUUCGAUCAUCCCACGGGAUGUCUAACCAUCCCUUGUACUGAAGAUUACUUCACUGCUGUAGCUUCUAUUUUAAAUGGUUCGUGAUAAGAGAGUCACAAUAUUCAUUAAGUUUCUUUAUACAUAUAUAUUUGUGUAUUUUCUUUAAAUCUAUUUAAGGAAGUGGAAAGAAAAUAACUCGAGAUUGAGAUACUAAGGCGUUUGUUUCAAUUUUGGAUGUCUUGUGAGUUCUUCUAAGUUCUAACCGUUCCAUUUGUAAAGAACUUACUUCCUCAAAAAAAUAAUCUAAGAUUGUUUCUAUGUAGAUUUGUUUACUUUUUCGAUGUAUAUAGCGGAUUGUUUUCAGAAGUUACUUUAUGGAGGAAAUUCGGAAGGACUUUUCUUUUUUUGAAACUGUAAGAUUUGUUUCUAAUCUACUCCAUCUGUUCCUUAAUAUUGCAUAUUCUAGAAUUUUCACAGUUUUUAUUUUUUAAGAAAAUUGUUGAAAUGUCUAUUUUAACCUUUUGUCACUACUAUUAAAAAAAUAUCGUAACAAAGAAAUCUAAAUUAAAACAAAAAGUGAUCGAUUAACUGUGUCAUUAUUUUGCUUCAUUAUGUUCCGUUCCCCAUAUUUAAGAUCUCCAUAUUCCAUAUUUAUUGUAGUCAACAUUCCAAUGAUGAAACUUUACAUUUUUGACUUACUAAUUCACGUGCAUAAUGCGAACUUCUUUUAAAAAAAAUUUGGAGCCAAAAUUUUUAAACAACUCAAAAUUUGGUUUUAGUACCAAAAGUUAAGUGACUAUGGGGGGCUUAUUGAAUUAGGGGUUUGAGAAGGUUUUCAAGAUUUUAAGAUUUAGAGGGUUUUGUUGAAUUCUAUGAUUUUGAUGGAGGGUUUUGUUGAAUUCAGGGAUUUUGAUGGAGAUUUAAAAAGAGACUUUUGAUAGGAUUUGGUAAGAUAUUUCUAAAAUAUUUUAAUAAUAGUUUCGGCCACAACCUUCUAUUCCUAUUUGUAUCUAAGGUCUAUGGAUAUAGGUUGGUAGGGAAAAAAAUUAUAUUUACGGUUGUUAUAUAUUGCUCUGAUUUUGUGGCUAAAGUAUUGACAUAUAUAUAGGUUGCCGGAUGAAUUGAUGUACUAAUAUAUUGCUAAUCUAUGUUUCCAUAUAACAUGACACAAAUAAAGAUGCAGAUUUCAAGCUCAACUGGAAGCGAGUAGCUAUCACAAGCAUGUUUGGACUUGGUUUUGUCGGUAAUGUUGGCCACUCUGGUUUCUUUCCUGCUUCUUUCAUAAUCAUUUAGCUAUAAAUCCCCAUGUUUGCAUCUCACCUAAUCCAGCAAAACUGUUAUACUUGCGGUAUCGCAGGUACGGAGGUCUUGAUAAAUUCAUAAAACUAAAGCUUCGAUAUGUACCAAAGUCAACACGUUUUGUGGCACAGUGGCAGCCGAAGUGGCAAUGGAUGGAUGAAUGGAUGGCUGGAUGGAUGGAUUUUCUUUCAAAAAGAAGAAGUGGCAAUGGAUGGUCUUAUCUUUGGCCCCAUAGAUCUACUUAUAUUCUUCACAUAAUGGGAUAAGCUACGGGCAAGAACACAUCUCAAGUUAAAGAAAAACUCAAGAGAGAUUUUCUACCAGCUCUAGCUCUUGGAGGCGGAGCAUGGCCGCUUCUUCAGAUCGCAAACUUCUGAUACGUUCCCGUUCAAUACCAGCUACUUUACGUCAACAUCUUUUGCCUGAUAUAUUGUUUUAGGAGAUGUUGAAGACCGCAAGAGAAGUAAGGUUUGUUAGCUGAAGAGGUAUCUUUCCAUGUACCAUCUGAAGCUACUGCAUACAACACUGAUGCAAAUGUCUCAACCCUCCAAAUAACUCAUUCUGCCUCAAUGGAAACUGAUCCUGUCCCUCCUAUAAGCUCACCAGCAGAUAAUUCCACAGCUAUUAGCGCUUCUCCAUCUGAUAUAGUAUGUGUUCCGGAAACUACACAAUUUAACACUGAUUCUGGUUUCAUUGGGAACAUCACUACAUCAACUUCUGUUUCACCUACUUCUUCUGCUCCUUUAGUCUUUGCUGCUGCAGGUACACUAUCACUGUCUAUCCCUGUGGUGGAUUUGAAAUGUAAAUCCAGUGUAGAUGGCCUUCCAGAUAGUUGCUUACAGUUAAGUGAUGCAAAAGGAUCAAACAGAUUUGUUAAUCUAGCCAUGUUAGAAGAAGAUAUAUAGCUGGAUGUUGUGACCUCCCUCUCUCAGUCUAUGUCCCCAUCAGUCGAAACCAGCACUCAAUUUGUUUAUAACUCUUCCCUGCCUUCAACGCCAUCUUCAUUUUCAGACCUUUUUGUGGACAAUGUUGUGGCUACAAGCUCUGAUAGUUUAGAUUUGUCACAAAGAUCUCGUGGAGAUCGUAGUAAAUAUGAAAUAAUCUUUUUUUUCUUAAAUUCCAUCUCUUCAGAUGGUAUUUUGUUCUAUUAGAUUUGAAGGGUAAAUGAUAGUUUUUAAUAAUCCAAAAUAACUUUUCAUGAAUCUCAUUGAUGAAAUCCAUAUUUUCCAAUAAGGGGUGAUUUAAUAGGGUUUUUAUAAAUGAUACAUGCAAUAAGGGAGGAUUUGUAAAACUUUUUAUAAAUACCUAAUCCAAUAAGGGAGGAUUUGGCAAAAACCUAAAUUUUUAUGAAAUCCCUAAUCCAAUA